AUGGAGUUUCUCAAACUAUCAUUGAAAAGUUAUCAUUUUUUAGUUUUAAUCAUUGAUUUUUUUACUUUUAGGCACUGGGUUUUGUCUUUACAGAUGGAAUGUAUUACGUAAAACAACUGAAGGUUCUAAUGACCUUGAAUUCUCUUUGGAUAUUGCUUCGUAUUUCCGUUUAGCAUCGACAUGGCUUGCAUUAGUCCGUCAGGGACUUUAUCCACCGUUUGCAAGGCAUCUUGAAAAUUUGGUCAGUACUCAUUAGUCACUAACAUCUAACUAAUCGAAUUACCUUUAAGGAUGGUUCGAUUUGAUGUAAAUUGUAGGUUGAAUCAGUUAGUCCGCUUAAUUUCAAUGAGAUGUUUUCAGGAAUUAUUUUUGCUAUUCUACUGGUGAUCAUACUUCUAAUAUUAAUAUUUUUACGCAAGCGUAUUCGUGUGGCUAUUGCAAUAUUAAACGAAGCAAGCAAAGCAGUUUCAACUAUGACAUCUGUAUUGUUUUGGCCAAUACUACCGUUCAUUCUUGAAUUGAUUGUUAUUGCUCAAGUUUUAUUUGUGGCUAUUUCAUUGCGAACAAUAUCUGAUCCUGUUGGGACUAAAAUUAUGAAUGACGAUCCUACCGUAACUCCGGGAUUUGGAGAUAAGGCUAGAAAUGAUAUAAGAGAAAUUUUUCAACUUAUCCCAUGUGAUCCUUUACAAAACAAUUCAGCUGGCAAAGCUUGUCGUUUUCUGUACUAUGGAGACCGGAAAUAUACUAUCUACCUACAAUUUUUCAAUUUGUUCAUGUUUUUUUGGUUAAUCAAUUUUGUCAAAUCCUUAACACAAAUGACUUUAGCAGGAACAUUUGCUGAAUACUACUUUUCGUCUCAUAAUCAAAAAUCUUCGUCAAAAUGUCCAUUAAUAACAAGUCUAUUUCGAUCAACCUUUUAUCAUACUGGUUCAUUAGCAUUUGGAUCGUUUCUAAUUGCUUUAUUACAAUGGCUACGUGUUACACUUGAAUAUAUCAAUGCAAAAUUGAAGAAAGCUAAUAAUCCUGUUACAGAUUUUCUCUUGAAAUGUUUAAGUUGUUGUUUUUGGCUACUUGAGAAAUUUCUAAGAUUUCUUAAUAGAAAUGCUUUUAUUAUGAUUGCUAUCUAUGGUCAAAGUUUUUGUUCAGCCUCUCGUUCAGCAUUGUCUUUACUUGCGCGCAAUGUAGUCAGGUACAUGUAUAUGAACAUAGUAUAUAAAAUUUUUAUUUAGAAUAGAUUAUUCUAUAUAAGUUCAAUAUAUCCACAUGUUUUGCUAUUUAAACCUGUUCAAUAUAGUUUUAUUUUCUUAUUUUAAAGAAACCAUUUUUUGUUUAAUGAAUCUUUACUAUUUCACUGUUUUGUCGUUUGUUUAUAUUUAGUGUCAAUCACAUUUAUUUAUUUAUUUCAUUUUGUAAAUUAUCUUUUAAAGCCAUCUCCUGUAAAUUGUAGAACAAUGUUAGAAAUUGUAAAUGUUACCUGCUUUUUAAAUAAUAUUUUUUCCCGAAAUCUGUAUUUACGAUGUGUUCACUGUUUUACUAUCGACUAUGUAGGAUAGGGGCUAUGAAAUAUUUAUCAAUAUAAUUUAUAUAUCAUAACUAUAGUUAUAUGUAAUUGAAAAAGUCGAGAAAUAUGUACAGAUUGUUACAGAUCACUUUAAACUUCAGUUAUUUUGAGUAGCUUGAACAUUUAAACUAUCUGUUCGUGACAUGUAGAUAUUUCAACAAGUUAUCUAAUUUUGUUUGUUUUAAUACGUUAUUAUGGUUAUUAAUCGCCUAACCUAUUCAGGUGAGUUUCUGAAAGGUGUAUAAUCUUUCGUCGUACAAGUUACAAAAGACCCAAUCAGAGAUAUCGUGGUUGUUGGCAAUAUGCUGCUAAAAGAAUGUACAUUAUUUAGAUGUCGAUUUACUAAACUGCUAACUUCUAACUGGCGAUCACUCAAUAUUUAUCGUUAGGUUCGACCAAGAAGUAUGAAACGGAAACUUGUUGAAAUACUUUGUGCUGAUAAUUCUAUGUUGUAUUAAAAAUAUGAUAUUGAAUAAUGCUUAUAAUAGUAAUAAUCUGGCCGCUCAUAUUGGAAUAACUAGUGUAUGCUUUAUUACUAAACACCUUUGUAUUAACCGGUCACUUGUUUCAAUAAAUACAAAUUAAUUUCUAAGUAAAAAUAAUCAAUUAUUGUCUCAUGUUUGAAACCCAUUCAAUCCUCAAUUUGGUUAGUGAGAAACGUGUAGUUUAUUGGCUGAUUUCACAAAUGAUUACUUGUAUGAUUAGAGAAAAAUUAAGAUAAUUCAGGGAAGAAAAUUUUCUCGACGUUUGUUUUUUUUGCACUGGAUGUGUGCAAAACUUAGGUGACCUAUUGUUUAUAUAUAUAUCCUUUCUGCUGAAAACUCAUCUGCUGUAUUUUCAAGGGAAACUUACUGUUUAUUCUGAAAUUGUUUCAUUUUUUUUUUCAUUCAUAGCUUUUUCUCUUUGUAACAGUUUGAUAACGACUCUCAUACGUAGUUUUAUCUCUUGUUUUUCUAUGCAUAGACUAUUUGUGGUCGAUAAAGUGACUGAUUUUAUUUUAUUUAUUGGAAAACUUGUUGUUGUCAGUAUUGUUGGUAAGUGAACAUAUUUAAAUUUUAUGGGAACAUGGCUAAAUAAUAUUUGAUUUGGGUUAUUUUUUUACUGUACUAUAACAUUAUACUAUUGGUUCAUUUUAAGGUUUAAUAAGGACAUUUCCUAUACAGUUUUGUAUAAGCGGUGUCUGUAAUGACAAUUUUACAUAAUACUUACUUUUUUGAAUAAAAGUAAAGAGAAUUCAGCGAAGAAAAUGUUUUCACCGAAAUGACAAUGGGUUAUUUCACCUAACUGUUUUGUUCUAUCAAUAGUAAAGAUGCGAGAAUGAUAAGGUAUAAAUCUGAUUGGUAUAUUUCUUGAGAAUGUGUUCAAAAAAAAAACUUCUAUUUGACAUAUUCUAAAAAAAAAAUUAAUUGUUGUUGAUAUCCUUCAGAAAUCAGUUAUUGGUUAGUUUGGUUAUGAAAGAUAAAUAGUAUUCAUAAUGAUCAUUAAUACUUGAAUCCGACUUUACCGAAUAAAGAUUUCACUACUUAAGCUGAUUAUAAUAAAUCAACCUUGGGAUCUGUUAAAAAAAGUUGUUAAAAACUUAACCAAUAACAAUACUAUACAAAUUUCUGUCGAAAAUAAUUGUUGUAUUUUUAUAGUUGACCUUUAUUUCAUUCUUCGUGGUGGCCUUGUUUGGUCACCCGAAUGUUUAUCAUCGUUAAGCGUAAGUGAUUUCUACUAUGACAAUUCAAAAUUUUAUAUAAUGUCUUCUGUGUAUUAGCAUGCUGUCAAGUCUCAUUUAAAAAUUUCUAUGUUACGCGUAUCAUGCAUGGAUCUCACACAGUAAUUUUUUGUGUUGUAUUCAUUGUUAGUUUAUAAAAUGCUAAAUUUGAGACUUCAUACCAUGGUUUGUAUCAUUGUACAGUAAUGGUUACUAUCAAUUCACAAUGUUGUCUAAACUAAUUCAUUUAAUCCAUUCAUUCUCUGGUGGAUAUGAAGAAUAAUACCAUUAAGAUUGUAUGUAACCAUUUCAACUAUUAAUAUUUCUUCUUGUGUUACUAGUUAUUUUUUCCUGUUGUUUGCCAUCUAAAAUGGAUCAUAAUUUUUUUGAAUUCAGGUGGUAUGGCUUAUGUCUAUUUGGAAGGUAUAUUGUUCAAAGGGAAUGACUUUCUAAGUGACGCGUUUACUUCUAAUCUUCAUUAUGCAUUCGUGCCAUUGGGUGUAAGUUACAUCUUAUUAUUGUAUUUGUUUAUAGUUUCACUUUCUUAUUUUUGAUGUACUUUUAAAUACUGCAUGUUUAUUUCAUCUUUUAAUCGGUUCAAGAUUUCUUUCAUCAUGACAUGACGAAUGUUUUCAUUGUUCUUUUCUUUCAUGAAUUCAUACAUAACACUGAGUUAUUUUGUACAUUUGUUGUAUGUUGUAUUGCUUGUUCGAAUUUGGGUUUAGACAAUAAUUUCAAAGUUGCUGUAUACUUGACAUUUUGGCGGAGUUAUGUUCUCUGAACUAGAUGGUUUGGUCGUGGAGCUUCCAUCGUCCUUCUAAACAACAACAUCAGCACGAAAUUCAGGUAGAAGUGAAGUAUUCGAAUUUCUCCGCGUGUGGCUCACAGCCUGUUUUAUAGACGUCCAUCUUGAUUGGUUAUUGUUGACAUUUAACCUAUCAUUGUUUGCUCCUUUAUUUUGAUUAUAUCUCCCAUUUGUUUGAUUUUCGGUCCUAUAUUUGUCCAUAAUUAUUAUGAUUGGUUAAUAAAUUGAAUCUAUUUCAGUGUGCUUGUUGAUUGUAGAUUAGCCUAAGUGCCAAGCUUCUAAAAAUUCUCUGGUGUUUUUAGAAUUACCUGUAUUCGAGAUCUCAAUAUUUUCUCAAUCGAAUGUAUGUUCACAGUUGUUUACAUGGAUUGUUAUAAGCAAGGAUAUGUCAUGACGUUUGGCCGCAAAUCAAUGUUUGUUCAAGCGAAAAUGAACAGGGCAUCCUUUUUGUCUACCGAAAUCAUUCACCUGAUCUACAAACCUCUACUUGACAUUUUUUAAAGCAAAAUAAGAUGUAUUCAUACAUGUUCAGUCAGUCACUCAUAUGGACAAUUUAGAACCUAGCAUAAAUGUGUAUUAGCUCACGAUGUUAUACCACAUCAAUACAGCUUGAAGAAAUGAACAAGAUUACUAGUAAGAUCGUUCAUAUAUUAAUAGCAUCUGUGAUAGCGAGAAAGGCUAAACAUUUAAAAAAUUAGUUCGGAAAGAAGAGAUGAAAUAUUUUACCUCAUUGCUUAGAGGAAGGUAACGCAGGAAUAGAGCUGCGCGAGUAUGAAAAUACACGUCAGGUAAUCAUAAAAUAAAAAAACUUAAUUAGUAUUUUGACUAAAAAUAGGUUGUUCAAAGUGGUUUAGGGGGGAUUACGAAAUCCUUUCUGGCAUAUUCUUUGAUUUAUGAUGAAUCAUUACUUUUUGUUCCAAGAGGUUAUAAUACAUUAUAGACCUAAAUUUAAGGAAAUUGUUAUGUCGCGUACGUAAUGUACACUAUCUAUCUUGAUAUAUUAUUUAUUUCAUUUAGUUUACUGUAAAACGUGUUCCAUAUUCUUUUUGUUAUACAUUUUUAGAUUAUCAUACUUGCAUCUUACCUUGUGGCGUCAUUAUUCUCAAGUGUUUUUGAAAUGGGUGUCGAUACAAUAUUUCUUUGCUUUUGUAAGCACUUAAUAACAUUCUUUAUAUUCUUAAUUAUUGUUUGGUUGCAUCUUGUUACAUGAUUCCUUAGUUCAUUAGUGUAAUUAUAUAGUUUGGCCUUAAAAACUAAAAUAGGCGAGGAUAUUUCUCAUUUAGUUAAUUUCUGGAUUUUCAUCUUCGGUUGUUGAAAAAAACCUUGACAUUUGUCAAUGUAAAUUAGUUAUUGUGUAGUCAAGUUCACUGGUUUCCUGUCUAUCAUCAUAUAUUCACAACAAUAUCAAGUAUUUAGUAUCAUAAUAAUGUCUUUCAAAAUUACGUUGCAAAUAUUCUUAUAUAAGCCCCUCUAACCCAAUACUUUCGUGUGGUGACUCCACAACUACCGUAAUAAUGCGUAAUAUUUUCGCAUAUUAUUUUGAAUUUUUGAUAAUGUUUGUUUUCUUAGACAAGUUGGUAAAUAGUCAUUGCUUAGUGAAUUCCAUCAAAGUAUUACAAUUUCACUCUAACUGGUGUGUUAUUCAUAAAGCUAAACCGAUAACAUAAAACUUCUACUUUCAUUGAUAAAUAAUCUUAUCAGCAAUAUAUUUUCCCAAUAUUAUUUCCUUGUUUCUGUGCAGUAAAACAUAUGGAAAGCAAUGAAAAAACUGAUGAAAAUCCAUACUAUAUGAGUACUUAAUAUAAUUCUUUAUAUUUUUAACCAAUUUUGGUAUUAUACUUAAUCCCCCGAUAAACUUAAACAAGGCAGGAACAAUGUGAUCGACAGGAUAAAUUGAAUUCAUUGUGUUUCAGUACUUCUCAUCAGUUGCGAAGAGCCCUAAAUUACAGUUUUAACAUACUUUAUUUCGUUUACAUAAAGUAAACUAAAGUAUGUUAACAAUUUGUUUAUUAUCAUACUACUAAUUGUAGUAUCAAACUGUUCGUAACUGACGAGAAGCCUUCAGAAAGAAUAAAUUCAUUUUAUUUUUCAGGUCUCCUUGUUAUUUCUCUUUAAACAUUUCAAUCUGUUUAGUUGCUUUUUUGUCACACAAUUUCCUACAUCACAUCUCAAUCAUCAUGUAACUGUUUUGUUUUAGCCGAAUGUAUUGACCAGAUAUGUAUUUCCUCUUAAUUCAGGAACAUAAGUGUUUCUACUGAUUCUAGGGGGGAUUGGAUUCUUUCUGUUUAGGGAUUUUCUGGUUGCUUCUGUCAUUUCUAAAUAAAACAAAUAAUCCGUCACCAUGAUGGAAGCCUUCUAGUCGGAUGUGCAAAGUCGAGUCUCAGUUUUUCAGAGCUAUCAUCUAUAUUGGCUGUUGGUUUUUCGCUUUACGUGUUGUCUCGGUUAUAGCUUUAGGGUUAAUAUUUUCUUCCUAACUCUCUUCCGUUAGUAUGUUGUUCAGGUCUUUUCUCGUUGAUAUGCAGUACUCAAAACACAUUAUCCUGUAUCUACAAGAUUCGGUUAAAUUGCUUUGGAAAUCACUUCUCAUCCUUCAGAAAGAAAUGUUUUAUCAAAUUAACUUGUGUCAUUAUCUAGUUCGAUCAUUAGAUGCAAAGUGGUUGCAUAUAUUUGUCACUUCAAGAAUCUUAGGAUUCUCAUCAUCUUUGAUAAAAUAGUUGUUGACAAUAAGUUCGUUUGAUAUAUUACAAUGUGAACAGAUUAUUUUGAACUCAAAUAUACGAUCUAAUUAUCUAGUGUAAAUAUUAGAAUUAAAUUAUAACUAAUAAGUUACUCUGUUAGUUUCAUCAAUAAAUAAUCAUUAUUACAUUUUCUCAAUUUUAUUUUACUUCAUUAUUUUUUGUAUAGUGGAAGAUUUAGAAAAGAAUGAUGGAUCUGCUGAAAGACCAUAUUAUAUGAGUAAAAAUCUUAUGAAUAUUUUAGGAAAACGAAAUGCUCAAUUACCACAAAUUAAACAAGCUAUUUAAUAUUAUUUUUGUUCAAUGUGCCUUCAUUACACGUCAUAGUUUCUUUUAUUGUUUGUUUUGUUUUGUUUUUAAUUUUGCACAAAAUAUUUGUUUAAAAAAAUUACAAAUAGAAAUACAAUCAAUCCUAUUUCAUUUGCAUUUUCUUUUCCCGCCAAACAUUAUUGACUUGCUUUAUCACAAUCUCUUACGUAAUAUUCACUCACCGUUUUAUUUGUUUAGGUACGAUAAUUUAUCAGAAAUAAUCUUUUGUUCCCUCCUUGGUUUUUCUUCCCAGGAACUCACAUUGUUAUUAUUAUUAUAUUAUUUUGCUUAAAAUUUGUUAUGCAAGUUUUUUUCGCCUUUUUUUAAUCUAAAAAUAAACGUUUGUUUUACUGAUCUGUUUAUGUUUUAUGAUACUGAUUGAUAUGAAUAGUUAGGGAUCAUUGUUAUCCAAAUAGUGGAUGAUCUUUUCAAUUUUACAAAAAAACGGUGUUGACUAUUCGGAGUGUUCUUUUUUUUUUUAAAACACCUUUAAUAAUGUACAUUCUUUUAUUUCAUAGAAAAAGGAAAGCGUUUAUAAGAUUGUGGUUGUAAUGUAGCAUUGUAUAAACUGAUAAUGAUUAUGUUGUAAUCUGUCAAAGAAGUUUCUAGAAUUGGGCUCAUAUAAUUCGUGUAACCCAGACGUAAUAACUAAUUUCUCAUGAUCGUUUGUAGACUAGGUAAAUUUAAUUGAUAUGAAUUGGUCACAUUUUUAAUGAAAUCACUUAUCGGAAAUAAUAUAGAAAUAUAAUCAUAACUUAUUAUUUAAAUAGAAAAUUACUGUCUGCUAUUAAAAAAAAACAGAAGUGGUAUAUCAUUUUCGAGACUACAAAUCUUUAAGUUCUCAGUCAAAUUUAAUACAUCCAUAUUUUCAUUAUGUUUGACACACUGAUUAUCGUGACAAUCCAAAAUAGUCAUACAACCUUUGUGAAGACUAUCUCAUCAUUAUUAUUUGAUAUUACUUAAACGUUAUUAUGUAAAUAUAUGAUUGCAUUUUAAUCGAAACGUAUAUGAAAACUAAUUAACUUACUGUAAGUACUUAUAUCUAAAAUAAGUCAAAAAAAAAUUAUAGUAUCUAGUUUUAUUCUACAGUGUUGUGAGUGUAUUAAAUUUUUACUCUAAUGAGUAGCAAUUAAAUUUCUAUGAAAAAUUAACGUUCAUACACUUCAGGUUCAUACUUAUAAUCGACAAUUUUAGCUUACUUACAAGUAGUAUAAAAUAGGUAAAAGCAUUUUAUACCUAACCUUGCUAUUCAACAGAUCUUUGUCAAAUACACAAUCUUAGAUAAAAUAGUUAAAUCUUCGUUAUGACACUGUUCAAUAUUAAAUAAGAUAUACUAUGGGGAAUUUUUUGAGGUAGGGAAUAAUAGAGGAAAGCACACCAUUUUCGCGAUACUUCCGUGUAGUUAUCUGCAGUUAUGAUAGACAUUUAUAUGAUAGUACCUUUUUCUGGUAGUUAUUAUUAUCGUUAUUAUUUGUAAUAUACAGGUAGGAGUUUCUAUAUUUUAUUUCCAAAUCACUAAUUACAAAUACAUAUGUAUAUCUGAAUGUUAUAUCAUUCAUUUUGUUAACCAUUUACUUCUAGUUAUCUUACGUAUGUGAUUUGAUGAUGGCUUACUUCUGAUUUAUGCUUGGUCAGUUUUUUUUAUUGUAGCUAACUGCUUUUAUCUUCUAAGUGAAUGUUGUUAUUAUGUAUUGUUAUUCUUACAUAAAUGCUGAAUGUGCUGCUAAUUUCUGUAACAUUUAAACAAAUUGUGUCUCAAGAAUUCUCGAUGAUCACAUAGUUAUCUAAAUGUUCAACUGUACUUAAGAUAUAUGUUAGAUAAACAUUGUGUUGGACUCAUUUGUUUUAUUGAAUGGGUAUGUUUUAAUUUACUCACUUUCAUGAAUCGCUGACAUGAAUUAUUUUUUCAUAUUAUUUUGUAAUUGUUGUUUGAAGCAACUAAACUGUCUUAAAUUACACACAAAAGGGUUUCGAUUUCGUUGUUUACCAUUUUUACAAAUUAUAUAUGCUUGUCAAAUAUGAAGAACUGUUUAGUGUAUGGGGGUAAACUGUGUUAAAUACACCCCUAUAUAACUUAAUUUUAUUUGAUCUUUAAAUGUGUCAUUCUAAUCUGGUUACGUUCUUUGUAUAACCUUGUAUGCAAAUACAUUUCCCUUACGUAUAUUAUCAUGUAUGUAAACUGUUCUCGUAUAUGUCUGUUUCCUUACUUCACCAUAUAUUUUGGAUUAUCGUAAACGCUAGAAGUGCCUUUACGGUCUCCACCUAUCUCUUCUUGUACUGUGGUCUUAUGAAAACACUAGAUAGAUUUUUUCAAAACAACUGGCUGGUUCUCAGAUAUGUUUGUAUGUCUUAAAAAGCAUAGGGCUAUCGAGCGUAACGGAUCAGAUAUAAGAGUUAGAUAUCGUAGUGAAUCAAUAUUUCAUGACAGGUGCACAAAUAACUAUGAUUUUGGGUAAAAUUAUAGGAACUUUGGUUAAAAGCCAUUAAUGAGUACAAGACAUUUCUUUUCAAUCAGUUCGUAAGAGCAUCUUAAAAUGAAAGUAUCCCUUGCAUUUUGCAUUAUGACACAUUCAUAAUUGACUCUAAAGCCAUCACAAACGUUUCUAGUAGUAUUUUUGUGAACAAUGAUAAAUGGUUCAGAAGUCAGGUAUGUGACUAGUAAAUCUAUACAAUCUAUUUGACUUAUCUCAAAACUAGUAAAGCUGUAACCUCCCUUUAAGUCUUGAAUAGAUACAGAGUAGACUGCAAACCCAGAUGCAAUAAGAUUGAACCAAACCCCUUUUAGGACGUGGAGAAUAAAACAACCAAGUCUUCAAAAUACGAAAUAAACGAUCUUUUACAUCUACUGAUUCAGUCCAAUUUGCGAAAAUACCUAGUUAAGGGAUUCGUGAUUUCUUAUCAUUAAUAAAAAUAUCUCACGCUAAAUCACUGAAUAGAUUAUUUUAUUAAAUCUUGGGGACUGGAAUGGUUUUCUGCUAUUCUGUGAAAUAAAAUCACUUCCAUUUUUUGAUGCAUUGAUGAGUAUACCCAUAAAACGCUUGUGAAUAUAUCCCGUUUCAGUGGUGAAACUAUUUGGAAAAGAAGCUUUUGAUCAUCGGUUGUAUUGGACAUAUUUAAUAAACAACCGUUCCUUCAGAUAUUUUAUACAAGCAGUGCCGCUGGUUACCUAGAUCUGUUUAAAUAUUAUUGAUAUGAAGGGACAUUCAGAAGUAGCAAAAGGUCAAUCGGUGGCAAUCAGAAGUGACCCAAAUAUCAUGUGCAUUCCAUCGGGG